CCGUUUCUCCCAGCUCGUCUCAUCGAGGAGCUCAGUAGCUCACCGAGGCCGACGACCAGCCCAGUCCCUACAUCUUCCUCCCCCACCUCCUCUCUCACCACACCAUGAAGAUCCUCCUCAAACCGAACCCCAACCCUAACCCUAACUUCCCCUCCUUCUCCCUCCCCACGAAGCGCGCGAGCCUCUCCCUCUCCAAGAACCCCAGCUCCCUUCGCUUCUUGACCCGUACGAGGGCCGGAUCGUCUGCGGCGGCGGCGAUCGACGAGGCGGGGCUCCUCGAGAUGGACCUCCGGAACCCGGCGCUCUCGACCUCGUACCGGCCGCCGGAGAUCCCGCAGCCGAAUCGGACGGUGCUGGAGGCGCAGGCGAAGGUGUGCACGGGCCCGGAGCAAACGAAGCCGCUCGGAGAGGAGCAGGCGAUUAGGGUUCUUGAUACCAUCCUCACAUCAGCUAGGGGAGAACUCAAAGACGGAGUAGUCUCCGAAGCGCAACUUGGGGCGUUCUUUGCUGCUAUGACAAUACGAGCAAAUGCUUUUCCUGAAGAAACACAGUGGAGUAAGGGUGAAAGACAUGCCAUGAGUAUAUUCUGGCCACGCCUUGCACAGGUUCUUCCACCGGAAGUUCUCUUUAUAGCAGAUCCAGAGGGCACAAUAAUGGGAACAACUAGCUCAAUAGGGCCUCAUUAUGUUGGUCAAGGAACUGCUGAAAUGAGGCUAGUAGGUGCUCUGAGAGAAGUUUUGGCUGGUGGCCAUUUAGGUUAUGAAGAAGUUCAGGGCAUUCUAAGAGAUGUACUUCCAAUUAGCAUUGAGAAAGAUAAGCCAGCAAAGGUGAGUGAGGCAUUGCUUGCAGCAUUUUUAAUUGGACAGCGGAUGAAUAGAGAAACUGAUCGCGAACUUAAAGCAUAUUGUCUUGCAUUUGAUGAUGAGCUAGGCCCUUCUCCAAUUGCUGAUGUUAACUCCUUGACUCACUAUGGUGAACCUUAUGAUGGAAAUACGCGCUUUUUUAGGAGCACGUUAUUUGUUGCUGCUGUGAGAGCCUGUUAUGGUGAAUCUUGCCUGCUCCAUGGUGUUGAAUGGAUGCCACCUAAGGGGGGGGUAACAGAAGGACAGCUGCUUAAGUUCAUGGGUGCAAACACUCACAUGUCCCCAGAACAAGCAAAAAAACUAUUGGAGGAUGAAAAUGUUGGCUUUUCUUAUGUGAGUUUGCAAGAAGCUCGCCCAUCCUUAUAUUCACUUAUUGGGCUUAGGGAGCACAUAAAGAAACGUCCACCCUUGGCAACCUCUGAGAAAGUUCAACAGUUUGUUAGAGCGCGUGGGAGAGAAGCCAUUGUUGCUGGAUUCUAUCACGGCGGUUAUGAAGAUUCAUUGCUAAUGCUUAUGAAAAGAAGAAGUGUUCAUUCUGGUUUGGUUGUAAAGGGUGAGGAAGGUGCACUUUCUAUGACCACAAAGGCGAGAUCAGCUAAUGCAUCAAAGGGCCUUCCGGUGAAUCACUGUUCAGGUUUCCGCUCCCCAAGCUCUGCAAUUUUGUCUGAUAUUGAUGGAAUCUCACGUGAAACCUUUAGUAUCGUGGUGAAUGCCGAGGAUUACGGGUUUAAACCCACAGAUACUCCACGAACUGAUAGAUCAGUUUUGAGAAAUAUAGAGCUGGGUUUAGCAGCUCUCCGCGGUGAGAAAGGGCCAGCAUAUGACCGGAUCGUUCUCAAUGCAGGGAUGGUCGACCACUUGUUGGGUUGUGCUGGGGCCGAGGAUAUUUCAUCGGCCCUAGACCGUGCACGGGAAGUGAUUGAUAGUGGUAAUGCUCUAAAGAGGCUCAUGAAUUACAUAAAACUCUCCCACAAAGUGCUGUAGUUCAGUUUAAGUAUCUGUUGUAGAUGAAAUUGGUGAUGAAGAGAAAAUUACAAUGGAUCUUUUAGGAAGUAACUGAUACCUUCAUACUCAGAAGAAGAUAUGAAAAGUUUGAAGAGGGAGAAGGGAAGCUGUUGUUAAAAAAAACCAUGUUGUCUACAAAUAUUUGUUCGUUUCUUUUUGUAAUUUAACCUUUUCUUUUUGUGUAAGAUAUUAAACAUGAAAUAUGCUUGUCUUGCGGUUCUAUCAAAUUGCUUCUAGGCCCUGCUAAAAAUAUUUGUGGUUUAAGAAGUUAUUUU